AUGUAUUUUUCUUUUUCAUUCUUUCUUUCUUUCUUUCUUUCAUUCAUUCAUUCUUUCUUUCUUUCUUUCUUUCUUUUACUACUGUUUUUACUCUUACUUACGACAGUUCAUCUUCUUUUCUUUUCUUUUUUUCAUCUUUGUUUCAUUGUUUCUUUAUUUCUUUUUCAGUUCUUCCUUCGUUUUUGCCAUCGUUUUCUUUCUUACUUUACACCGUCUUUACCGUUUUUGAUCCAUUCUUUCUUUCUUUCUUUCUUUCUUUCUUUCUUUCUUUAUAAAGGUUUUUCUUUUUUAUUUCCCUUUAAUAUACAAAUUAAUUCUUUUCUCUCUCUCUCUUUCGUCUGUUUAAUUUGCUUUCCUUCAAUCUUAAUGUCUUUCUUUCAUUUUUUCUUUCCCCUUUCCUUUACUUUGUUCUGUUCUCAAUUUUUCGUUUUUUUCGUUCCUUCUUUCGUUCGUUCGUUCACCAUUUUCUUCCUUUUUCCAUUCUCAAUUUUUCUUCCCAAUUUAUCAGCCAUUUUCUUCAUUUCUUUUUCUUUCUUUCCUUUCUUUUCUUUUCCAUUUCCCAUUCCCAACCUUCUUUCCUCCUUUCUCUCAAAUCUCUUUCCUUUCAUCCUUCCUUCUUUUUUCUUCUCUCUCUCCUUUUGCAUUUUUACAUUUUUUUUAUUCACUUCGUUGUCGUCUCUUUUAUCCUAUAACAAUUUUCUUUUCUUUUAUUUCACUUUUAUACUUUUUAUUUCUUUCUUUCUUUCUUUCUUUCUUUUUUUCUUUCUUUCUUUCUUUCCUUCCUUGUUUCUUGCCUUCCUUCCGAUUCAUAUCUUCUACACUUCUUUCCUUCCUUCCUUCCUUCCUUCCUUCCUUCCAUCUUUCCUUCUUUUCCUUCCUUCCCUCCUUCCUUCCUUCUAUCUUUCGUUCCUCCGUUCGUUCCUUCCUUCUUUUUAG